AUGCCGCCACACAGGAAACGAAGCAGGACGGGUAGCCAUCAGGACAGCCUCGCAGGCGCUCUGCCCGGGGAUCAAGCGAGCGAUGCCAUCAUCAUCUCCGACGGUGAGGACGAGGAGCUCGGCAAGGAAGAGCUCAAGCUAGAGAUCCUUCAACUCGAGCAGAGGCUUGAAGACCAAACGAAGCGGACAAAGCAAUACGAGAUCGAGGCGGUCAGGUAUCAGGAGCUGCUGCUCAAGUGUCGGCGCAGCGCCCAGUCCGCCCGCGACAAGCAAGCCGCUAAGUCGCAGCAACAAGCACGAGCGCUACACGACGGCCUUGAAGAGGUGCAGGACAUGGCCGGCGCGAUAGAAACGACCCAAAGCAAAGCCAAGGAGCAGAUUGACGAGCUGCGCAAGAGCCUCGAGGCUGAGAGGCAAGCCCAUGCUGCCGCCCAGCAUGCCCGCAAGCAAGCCAUCGACACCAUCAAGGACCUCGAGGCCAGCAUACAGAAACUGCAGACGGAGCUAAGCAGUGAAAGAGAGACACGCAUGAAGCUGGAGUCGCUUCAAGCCAGCCUCGCACGAGAGCAGGCACCGCAGACCUCUGCCGUCCCUCCAGCACAGAGCGGAGCAUCCCCAAGCUCCAGAGCUGACCUCCCAGUCGCCAGGCCGUACACAAGGCCCGCCCGGGACCCGCGGCUGGCGAAGCGCCAGGCACCUGGGCCAGAGCCUGGAAGCUGCAUCUUCAGCGAGGCGUACGUGAGCCUCAAGGGCAUGCCAGGCAAGCACAUGGACCCUCGCUAUCAUGGUUGGCUGCCGUAUGAUGACGCCUUCGAGAUCAAAGACAGCUUGACUGUGCUCUGUGACGGGGUAGGAGAGGGAGGCUAUCGGUCAGGGAUCUUUGCGAGGAAGCUUGUGGAGAGCAUGGCAAGGCCUGUCGACAUGCUCGGCGAUCUCUUUGAAAAGCUUGAGUACUGCAUCCAGAGGAUGCGCAUGCCUCAGCCAUCUUCCUAUCACGACAUCCUGGAACUUGCAUCUUCGACUGUGGUAGCGCUUCAGCUCAAACCGGGAAGAGACAGUGACGAGAUCAUGAUCGAUGCUCUCGAGCUGGGCGACAGCCAGUGGGCGCUGCUGACCUUGGACGCUUCUCGACGCAGGGCUCGCUGCGAGUACCUGUCGCCCCCUCGCUUCCACUCUCCGCACGACAACGGCAAGAGACCUCCGUACCAGGCGGGGAUGGACCAAGGGCACAUGCGGCAGUACAGAGACAGGAAGAACGAGAUCUUGCAGCGGAUGUAUGCGCGAUCAGGCGACAUCAUCGUAGCAGGAAGCGACGGCUUCUGGGAGAACCUGGGCUCGGACGACCACGCGAGGAGAUCGGCCUUGGAGACGAUGUCGGAGGAGGUACUUGGUGACUUCGGACACGGGGGCUUCGUCGAGGGUCUUGGAGGAAGGCUGCGGGAGAGGACGGAGAACAGGAUGGAUAGGUCGAUGGGGAAGAAGGACGAUCUGACUCUGAUCGUGUCUCGCAUGACAGUGUCUCGAGGGCAGCAGCAGAGAGGGGUCGAGGUCCGCAUGGAGAGUCUUUCCGAGGGCGACUGUGACAUAAACCUUGACGAGGUCACGAGGGGUAUCGCCAAGUACUGUUCAGUGCGGCAGCGCGUUCAUGACCGCGACUGA